AUGAGAAUACCCUAGGCUUAUUAUGAAAGUAUGGAGAAGCGAUUUAAGAAACAAAAGCAAAAUGACACUGAAGAUUACAGUUGGAUUGAAAAUACUAACAAACCCUUAAUAGAUAGAAUUUCAGACUUUGCUAAAUGUAAAUAAUUGCAAGAUCCUAAAUACAUUCGCAUUAUUAGUGAAACAAUUGACAAGAUAUUGGAAGCAGGAGUUGCUUUAUUCUAGGAAUAAAAUUAAAAUCCAUCCAUUGAAUUGAUUGGAGAAUGUGAUUCUAUUUAAAUUUGGAAUUUGUGUUUAUAGUGUUGUGAUUUUAUUAGGACUUGUGGCAAUUCUAAAAUUGGUAUUUAUUUAUGUUUUAUAGAAAGUCGAUAUGAUAUUCAGUUAUGAACAUCUGAUUACUUUGAUAUUUCACAAUCCUGAUUACGAUUUAUCAAAAAUUUAUAAAAUUGUACAAUGUAUGUAAUUUCUAUUAGAAUCCAUGAAUACAUCUAAAGCUUGUAAAUUUAAAAGUAUAAAAAUUUUAUUUAUAUCUUUAGUUGAAUAUUUUGAGAGAAUAUUAUUAAGAUUCAUGUACAUCAAUUCAUUCUUCUAAAAGAGCAUAUAUAAUUUAAGUGAUUAAGAUUAAUAAGAAUUAUUUCAACUCUAAUUUGAUCAUUGUAUUUUAAAGUUCAUUUUCCCUACAGAUGAUAUGAUAAAUUAUCAAAGAUAUUUAGAAUUAAGCAAUCUUCGAAAAAUCUUAAAAUAUCCACCUUAUACUCUUGAAGUAUAAUUUGAUUCUACUAAAAACCCUUAUGAAUAAUCUCUUUAAAUAAUUAAGGAGAAUAAUCUUCAUAAAGAUAGCAUACUAUUUGAUUAAAUCUAUAUUCGAUUACUAUGUCAUUAUUCUGGAACUGAACUAUUAAUAUAGAAAAUGUUUAUUAGCAAUUAUAUCUUUCAUUUUAGAUGUGUUUUUUAAGAACUUCAAUUAAUUAAUAAUAAAUUAAUGUUAGAUAUAACAAAUAGAUUAAUAGAUUAAAAAGAUUAUCUAUUUCUAUUAAUUAGAAUAAUAGCUAUCAAUAAAGAAGAAUCAUUAAAUGAUAUUUUAGUAUAAAGUCUUCAAUUUAUUAAAUCAAAAUAAAUGAUACUAUAUGAACAUAAUUCAUUUUUAGAAAAGUUAUGGUUAUUUGAAUUAUAAGGAAUUUAAGACUCAUUGAUGGAAUGGAAACAAGAAUUAUAAAUUGUAGAAGGUAGUUUCUAUGAAAUUAAAUUAUCAUUAAGUCCAAAAUUUUAAUAGAUAUUCUUUUAACAAUUAUUAGAUUAAUAAUUCAAUUAAAUCUUUAAGAAAUAGCCCAAUUAUUAAUAAUGGAACUCUAUAAUAAUUUAAAUUAUAAAGAAAUCAUUUUUAGAUGAUGGAUCAACUAGAUUACCAUUUCAUCUUUUGAAUCCGUUAUUGACUUAUUCUGUAAAUUUGAUAAUUGAACUUCCUGGAAAUAAUUAAAAUUAAUAAUUAGAUUAUUAAUUAGAAACAUAAAUCAUAUAAGGAUUAUUUGAAAUCUUAAAAAAUUGUUGUAGAAAAUAAUAACUUUAACUUUAAAUUAGAGGAUUUUAAUUACUUAAUCAAUUAAUUGCUUAUUAUAAAUAAGAAUUUGAUUAAGUAUAAAUUUAAAAUGCUUAAUCUGAAUUUAUGAUGCCUGUUCCUGAAAGAUAUCAUAAAUUGUUAUCAGAUAUAUGGUCAAAUAAGAUAUUGGAAGAUAGUUUGCAUAAUUCUUAAUUAAAUGAAUAAUUAUAUACAUAUUUAAUAACUUUAUUAGCUAUGAAUAUGGGAGAAAAUCCAGGUAGAGUUAGAGAAUUUUAUGAAAAUAAUAGUUUAUAAUGUUUAGUUAAAAGAAUAAUGGAACUAUUAAAGAUAUGUUCAAGAGGAUCUCAUUUGAUAGUAACAAUAAUUAAUUUGUUGAUUGCUAUUAGUACAAAUGAAUAAGCUAUUUCAUUAGCAUUAUCAUCAAAUAAUGAAAUAGAUCAAUAAAAAUAAGAUAAUUUAAUCAAAUAGAUAUUUGAUAAAUGUUAUUUACCAUCAAUAGAACUUCUGCAUGAUCCUACAGUAAGUGAAGACUUUGCUAAAAAGAUAAUUAUGUUAUAUAGUCAAAGUCUAUUAGCGAAAAAAUAGAUUGAAAAAGUAAUUGAAAAUACCUUUGUAUCAAUAUCUUAAUUAGUUGAUUUGAGUAAAGAUAAAAUUGAAGAUAUUGUAAGUAAUUAAGAAAAGUUAUCAUCAUUUUAUGGAUAUUCUAAGAGUCUUCAAGCUUUAUUGUAAUUGUUUAUGUAAUUACAACCAGAGAAGAAAUCAUCAUCAUAUAAAUAAUUUUAAGGAUAUGAAGAAUUACAAUUAGAAGAGGCUUAAAGACAAAAAGAUUUAUUAUUCAAUUCAUUAUUAAAAAACUAAAAAUUUGUUGAAGCUUUAGAGAAAAUAAUUAUGAGUCCAAUUCUAAUUGGAAGUAAAAAUAAAGACAAGUAUGUGGAACAUUAUGUAGGAAUAUUAUGUAAAAAAAAUAAAUUAAAUCCAUUUACUUCUUUAUGGAAAGAAUUAGAUCUAAUAUCAUAAAAUUAUAUGAUUAUAGGAGAUCAGAAAAUUAUAGAUAUAGGAAAAUUAGUUGAUUAUGAUGCAUUAUCAGUUCAUAUGAGCUAUAAAUACUUUUUUAGAAAGAUAAUUAAGCAUAUCUCACCUUAAACUUAUAGAGGGUUUUAUAUUUUGAGUCGUUUUCAUCUAAUACAUUAUUUAAUUAAGAUGUGUGUAAGUUAAGGAGGAGUAUAACAUUAAGAUAUCAAUUUAUUAAUUCCUUAAUUAUUGUAAAUAUAUUUCUUAUCAUCAUAACAUGCUGGAUUUCAUGAAUCUAUUAUGAUGUUUAUGGCAACAAAAUCUUAGAUCCAAAAAUUUUAAAGUAGUUAUGAUGAAGAUUCUUAAAUCAGAAGAAGAAUUAGUAAAGAUAAUUUAAUACCUCUUUAAGAGUCAUGUUUAGAUUUAAUUAAUAAAUUAUAAUAAUAGGCAAAUGCAGAAUAAAAAGAAUUUCUUAUAAAAAAGUAUGGAGAAAUAACCUAAUUAUUUUUUAUUAAUUUUAAUGAAAAAUAUCAAUAAAUUAAAGAAUCUUAAGGAUUAAAAUUAAUAUCACAUGUUACUUAUAUGUAAGAUAUUCUUAAAUCAUUUAAAUUCUUUUUAAAUCUAUUUUAAAAUUUAGAAUAAUAAAAUUAACCUAUAUCAUUUACAUUUAUAUGUUAUUAAAAUAAGUCUUUCUAUUUAGAUUUAAUUGAUAUGAUGAAAUAUUUAGAUAGUAUUUAAAGAUUAUAAUAUAAUAAUAAUAAAGAAUAAGAAAUAAUUAAAAAGAUACUACCUAGUUUUAUUGAAGCUCUUAACUUACAUAUUGAUAAUAUCAUUAAAUAAUCAAUAUUUAGAAAAAUGCUUUUAGAUAAAAUUUAAUUGUCAGAUCAUUGCAUUAUUGAUCCAUAAUAAUUAGAGUAAGUAUCAAAUGAAUUAAUACUUUCCUAAACUAAUUUACUUAGAUAAAUGAUUGAUUUACUACUUUAAAGUAAUUGUGAAGGCCAAUUAAAAAAUCUAUUUGAAUAACUUAUCCAAAGAUUUUACUUAAUGAAAGAUACUUAAAUUUAAGAUUUUCGUAAAUUAGGAGGUUAAGAAUCAAAAGAUCAAGUACUUGCUUAAAAGGAACUUAUUUAAUUAUUAUAAGGUAAUGAAGUAAAGGAAUAAAAGAAAUCAAUAUUUGAUAGACCAGAAAUCAAAUUGAUUUUAGAUAAAAUAUGUGAAAUGGGAAUUAAUUAAAAAUUAGCUAAAAAAGCAAUUUAAAGAGUAGAAAUUCCAGAACCUUCAAUGAUUGUAGAUAUGAUAUUUAAUGGAAGAAUAUCUGAUGAUGAAGAUGAUUUAGAUGAUCUUUUAUUUGAAUCAGAAUUGAAAAGUGAAAAUUCAGAAACUUAAGUAAUUAAUUAAUAAAUCUAAAUUGAUAUAAAGAAUUAACCUGAAUAAGAAUAAAACUAAAAGAAUUAGACUAUUAUUGAAAGUGAAACUUUUUUGAAGAUUUUACAUGAAAAUUUUCCAUUAUAUGAUCCAUAAUUAUCAAUAUAAGAUAGAAUUACUUAAUUGAUAAAUAAUUUUUAAUAGAAAUUAGAUGAAACAAUUAAUUAACUUUUAGAUUAAUAAUUAAAUAAUUAGAAACCUAAUAAUACUUAUUUGGAAUAUUUAUUUACAAUAUCUAAAAAAUAGUAACACAUUUAAAAAAUAUUGGAUUAUAUAUUUGUAUCAUUAUAAGCAAUAAGAUAGGUUUAGUAGAAUUAAGAUUUAAAUUAAAAAAUGAGCUUAUUUUACAAUGCUUUAUAAUGGUUAGCACUUUUAUAAUAAAUUUAAUAAUAGGAACAUGAAAAAAUAUAUUAAAAUUUAGCUCUUAUAGAUUUAGAACCAUAAAAAGAUUUAAAAUUUGUAUUAUCAUUUUAAGAGAUGAUUAAAUUUGGAUUUGCUUUACUUCAGGAAAUAAAUGAUUAAUUUAUAUUAUAUAGUUAAAAUGAAUAUGAACAAUUAAAAUAAAUAAAUGUAAAGGAAUUAAACUAUGCUGAAAUAUUUUAAAAGGCUCAAUAAAUAAUAACAGAUCUGAAUGUCUUAUAUGAGAAUAAAUAUAGUACUCUAAGAUUAUUUUGUAAAGAACUAUAAGAAGCUUAGAAAUAUUUAACUAAGUUUGUUAUGAAUUAACAAAAUAAACAUGAUUAAUUAAUAGAAAGAUAUUGGAAUUAAAUAGAAAUCUAUAUAUAAUUCUUAAUUUAAAUAUGCACAGUGAAUUUACGUCUUUAAUAAGAGUCUAACAAUUCUUAUAAUUUACUAAAAGAUCUUGAUACUUUUAUAAAUAAUGAUUAAACUUUAAAAGAAUAAAGAGAUAAUAUACCAAAUAGUAUUUACUUUAAAGAAUUGAUAUAGAGAAGAUUCAUUUCUGAAAAAUCAGUUAUAACUUAAUUACUUUAAUGUUUAAAUAAUUUUGGAUUGCAUAAUUAAAGCAAAUUAUAUACAAUUCUUAUGUAGAAAUAGAAACAAGAUAAUUAAUCAUUAUUAGAUGUUUUAUUAAAAUUCAAAAUAUAUUCAAUUUAAAAUGAAUUUGAAGAAUCACAACCAGUAUUUAUAGAAAAUCUUUUAUAUUUAAUUGCAAUAGAUAAUAGAACAGCAAAUGAUUUAAUAAUGUUAAUUUUAAAAUAAAUUAUGUUAAAUGAACAUAUAGAUUGGCAUGCUUAAUAAAUAAAGAGUAUAGAUGAAUUAAAUUAAAUUUAAAUGCCUUAAAAGUUUAUUGAAUGUCCAUUAUAAUAUUUACUAUAAUUUCAUCCUGUUCUAGUUAAUAAUCCAAUUGUUUAUAACACAAUAAUUGAAUAACAAGGUUUUUCUAUUACUGAUAAGUUUAGUGAGUUAUCAAGAAUUCAUGCUGUAAAAUAAUCAUCAUUAUAAGUAACUGGUAAGUUGACAAAAGAAUAAGAAAAAUUAUUAAAAGAAAAGGAAAAAGAUCUUCUUUAAUAAACAUAAACUGAUAUAAUAAUUAGAUAUGAAAUUGAUCAUUUUAUAGAACCUUAAUUAAACUCAAAUUUAAUAAAUUUAAUAAAUAUUAUAGCAUAAACAACAGUUGAUAGAUUUUUUGAAGAGAACUUUAAAUUUAUUGAAUAAGUAUUCAAUGUUAAAUCAACUUAAUAAAAAGAUGAUAGAAUAGUUUACAUAUAUGGAUGGGACCAAUUAUUAAGAAUAAUUGAAAUGUUAAUAAUUAAGAUUCCUUAAUUAAUAUUAUAUUUAAGAUAAUUGAAAGUAGUAUUACCUAUAUAAAUAAAUAAUGAAGAGAAAUAGGUUACUUUUUUAGAAUUUGUUAUUAAAUAUUUAACAUGGGUAGGAUUUGAUAAAUUAACUAAUUUUAUGCAUAAUUAUUUAAGUGACAUUAAUCUACUUUCAGUUGGUUAUGGUGUAACUUUGGGUUAAGAAGUACUCUAAUUAUUAUUGAAUGAAUUAAAAAUUGAUCAUAAUAAUAUUUUAAAAAAAUAUUAUCAUAUUUUGUAAUUACUAGUACUAUUUACAUAAACAUUAACACUUUAAAAUUGUUUAUUAAUUUUGACUGAUUAAAGAUCAUAAUUGAAUAUUGUUCCUAAAAUUAUUAGUACAUUAAAUAGUGUUAAAGAAUGUGAGAAUAAAUAAUUUGUCAAAUUAUAUCAAUAAACUAUUGCCAAAGUAUUAGAACCAUUCUUAUAAUCUCAGGUGUAUUUUGAACAUACCAAAUAAGGAAGAUAUGGAGAUAUUUUUAGAUUAUAAUAGAGUAUUAAUGAAAAUUCCUUUUAAUUUCAUUAUCUUCAUUGUCUAAAGAAUUAAUUGAUUUGUUAUCAAUUAUAUCCUAGUUAUAAAAUUAUUUCUGGUUCAGCUUAACAUUUUGUUUCUCAUCCAUAAGUUUAAUAAACACUAAAAGAUGAACAUUAAUAAGAAAUCGUAUGGCCUUUAUAUUAAUCUAAAAGAAACUUCAAUAAUCAAAGACAAAAUAAUCAAAAGUAGUAAGAUGAAGAUUUAAGUGAUUCUGAGUCAGAUCAAGAUAUUUUAUAAAUAGAGAACACUUAAAUCAAAUAUAAAGCAAAUUACUCAAGCAUUAAUUCCUUAGGCGAUUAUUAUUCCUACGAUAGUGAUUUUAUGACAAAAUGUAGUAUAAAUAGAGAUGAAGAAAAACUACACAAAGAAAAUCAAUAAACUAUUUUUCCAUAAAAAGAUUUAAACAUUCUCUUUUGUAAUCUAGAUCAAAAAUUAUAUAAUUUCACUUUACCUAAUUUUUAAAUUACUACCUAAAAUAUUGUAUAUUAAUAAAAUGAUUACAAAACAUGGAUCACCUCUAUUGUUGGUUUGUAUUUCAGUUCUAAUGAAUAUUUUGAAAAUAAGAAAUCAUUAACCUCAAAGGCUUAUGAAAAUUAAUUAAAGUAUACUGUUGAGUAUAUUCAAUCAAUAAAUAGAUUACUCCUUUAAUCAACAUACUAUCAUAAUAAAUAAACAGAAUAAUUAUAAUAAUAUUUAUCCUAUUAUUUAAAUGGAUCAUUAAAUUAUUUGCAAAUCUAAUCUGGAACUCUAUGCUUCUAUUCUAAAUUUGGUUAAGCACCAAAUUAACUUUAAUAAGAUUAUUAAGCAAAUUCUUUAUCAAUCAAUAUUAAUGAAACAUCUUUAUAAUAAUAAAGAAUCUUAACUUAAAUAUCAUGCAAUGUUUUACAAAGCAGAGUAGUAUUGAAUGGUAUGCCAAAUGAUUUACAUGAUUAAGGAUUACUAAAAGCAAAAUUACAAAGUCUAUUACAUCCUGAAGAAAACAUAAACUUAUAAGGUAAGUUAAUAGAUGUACCAAAAAGAGUUUUGAUUCAUCCAAAUGAAUAACAGCUUCAAAUUACUGAUAAUAUAUUAUUAGAGAUGUUAAUGUCUCUAUUAGUAGAUUAAAAUAAUUUUACAUCAUUUCCUUUUAAUCUCUUGCGUUAGAUUAGUAAAUGUUCUCGUUUGGGAUUUAAAUUGCUUAUUUAGUUACUCAUAUUAUAUUAAGAAUAGAAAAACAAUUUAGAACUUACUCUUAAAAUUUUAUAUUUAGUUAGUUAAAAGAUUCCAUCUAAUAAUUUAAGGGAUCUACUCUCUGAAUAAUUAUAAAUAAGUCCAAUACUUAAUAAAAGAGAAAAGGCUAAUCUAGCAAAGGGGUAAUAAAUUAAAGAGCAGUUUAUAAUAGAAGAAGAAAACAUAGAUGAGUAAUUAUAAGAUGAUGAUCUUGAAAAUCCUUUAGUUUUUUUGAUUAACUAAAUAAAUAUAUAUUGUGAAAAGAAUAUUUCCUUUUUGACACUAUUUCAUAAUGCUGAAUCCUACAUACCAAUUGAAAAAAGUAUUAAAUUAUUUAUUUAUUAUAGAUAUCCUAUUAACUCCUCUAUUAGCAAAUUAAACUAACUUACAUUUAUCUUACUUAAUUUAGAUUAUACGAGGAUCAUUAAUGAUAACAACUGAAGAAAAAGAAAAAGGAAAAAAAGUUGAUGAUGAAAAUCUUUAUAAAAUUAUGAGGAGAUAAGCAGCUAUAUAUAAUGGUGGAAUAGAUGAAAGCAAAAUAUUUGAUUUAUUUUCCUAACUUAACAGAAACGAGGAUAUAUAAUUUCAUGAUUUAAUCUUGAAGACCUUUGGUGAUAAAAACCUAGAAGCUUAAGAUUCUUGGGAUUAGACAUCAUUUACAUUUAAAUCACUUCAAUUUAGAUAAAUUGAAUAAUAAUCUUAAUUAAGAUAACUAUCAAAUGCUUCUAUGAUAUAAAUGUAACCUCCUUAGCCUCCUCCUUAACCUCCUCCUUAACCAAAAUAAAUUAUUCCUCCAUUUCCUAUUUCUUCUAUGUCAAUUUUACAAUAGCAUUAAUAAUUACAUUAGUUUUAAUCACUUAGACAACCACCAUAAUCUAUAUAAUAAAUCAAUUAAUUAAAAAUAGCUGAUGAAUAAUAAUAGAAUUAGUAAUUGUAAUAAUACUAAUAAUUAUAACAAUAAUAGUAAUAAUAAUAAUAAUUAUUAUUAUUAUAACAAUAGUAACAAUAGUAAUAAUAGUAAUAAUAGUAAUAAUAAUAAUAAUAAUAAUUUAAAAAUGAAGAAAUAGAUCAAAAUGAAUCAAAUUCAUAAUUACCAAAAAGAGAAAGAAAAGUAAGUGCCAAAAUUUCUCAUGUUGAAAUUGAUAUCAUUACCUCUCUAUGCAAAAAUUUAAAUAAUCCCCUUUUAAGAGAAGGUAAUUCCAAUGAAAUCAUUAAUAUUUUAAAUUCUUAUGCUAAUGAUAAACUAAAAAUUGAACAUGCAAUAAAUGAGUUAACUAAAUAUAUCAUAUAACAAUCCAAAGUCUUCAAUUUUGAAUUAGAUAAAAAAAGAAAAUAACUAAGAGAGAUUACAAAUUUAAGGGAAAAAAUAAAGGAUUAUGAUCCUGAAUAAUCAUAAGUGUUAAAUGCUUAAGAAAAUGAAAUUAUCAAAGAAUUGAACUAAAAAAUUCCUGAUCCAAGUAUCAUUCAAAGGUGCUUUAUUGCAAUAACAGGAUUCCUCAAUCUCAAUCUAAUGUAGUCUGAUUAACAAAAUAAAUAAGUUAAUAAGCCAAGUUCUACAUAAACUAGAUAAUAAAUUUAAAUGGAUAAAAAGAAAUUUAAAUUAACUCAGUAAGGCAAAAGUAUUGAUGCAACAGGUGAUGUUGACAAUUCAGCUAAAAAAGACAUUAGAACUAGAUUUAUUAAUGUUCUAUAAACUAGAUAAACACAUCAUUUAUGGCUGAAUAUUGUUGAAACCUUACUAUUGAUCUUUAAUUAUAAAGGGUCAAGAUCAUUAGAAUUGUUAUAGAAAAAGCUCUAUCCUCUUUUGGAAUGUUUCUUAAGGCUAUAUCAAAAUGUGCAUGAAGAAUUAAAUUCUUAAGAACAUUCAGAAAAAACAAAUGCAGAAACAAACUUUUUUGAGAGAAAUUUAAGUGGUUCAGCAACUAAUUCACUUUAAUUUGGUUUAUUAUAAACUUAAACAAUACAUUUAAAACGAUCUUUUUCAUCAGUAAGAAAUGAGAAUGAAAUGUAAAUGAAAAUUGACGAACUUUUUACUUAUUUGUGCAUUAAUGGAAAGAGAAUAAUCAAUUAUUUAAUUAAUUAGAGAUUGUAAUAAAUAAAUUAUGAUUUAAAAUAAAGUCAUUCAUUGAAUCCUAUUAAAUUGUUUAAAGAAGCAGAUCCACUAGGCUUUGUAUUUUUUAAAAUGAGUUAAAUAGUUUCUUUUGAAAAUAAGAAACAUUUCUUUGAAAUGGAUCUGGAAACUUUGAAAAUUAAUGAUAAACCAAAUUCAAGAUCUAGAGGAAGAUAAGGUGAAACUAUAGAAUUUAUUGUUGUAAGAGAAACAAGAUUAUAAUAAUCAUUAGAAAAAGUGUUGUAAGUUGAAAAAAAUAAGUUUAGAAAAAGUGAAAUAAAAAUAAGAUAUCAAGGGGAAAGAGGAUAAGAUGAAGGAGGUAUUAGAAAAGAAUGGAUGACUAAUCUUGUUAAAGAUAUAUUAUAAACUGAUAAAUUUGAAUUGACUACAAAAAGAUUUUACAAAAUAAAUCCUAAUAAAAAGUCAACUGAAGAUAUGAAUCAUUAUAGACUUUUAGGCAGAAUAGUAGCAAAAAGCAUUUAUGAUGGAUUAUUAUUACCAGUUUAUUUUAUUCCAACAAUAUUUAAAAUGAUACUCUAAAAAAAACCUAGCUUUGAUGAUUUAGAACAUUAUAAUGAAGGAUAUUAUGAUACAUUUAUUAAAUUUAUGAAUGAUGAGACAUAAGUUUAAUAUAAGGAUUUAUUUGAAUUUUGGAUUCCUGAAGAAUAUGCUUAAUUGAUUGAAUAAAACAAAAAAUAUAUUUUUGCUGAUCUUCUUUAAGAAUAUUUAGAAAAAAAUCCAGUUGAAGCUAAAUAGGAUUAAACAAUUGAAUAAAAAUAAUAAGAUUAAUAAUAAUAAUAAAAAUAGUAAGAUUAACAAUAAUAAUAAUAAUAAUAAUAAUAAUAAUAAUAAUAAUAAUAAUAAUAAUAAUAAUAAUAAUAAUAAUAAUAAUAAUAAUAAUAAUAAUAAUAAUAAUAAUAAUAAUAAUAAUAAUAAUAAUAAUAAUAAUAAGAAGAAUAAUAAUAGUAAGAAAAAAAAAACUAAGGAGUUCCUUUUAAAUAAGAUCUAGUACAAUAUUUUAAAUAAAAGUAAUAAGAAUAAGAAGAACCAAAAUAAAAGAAAUAAUCAGAGGAUAUCACAGCUGAAGAUAUGGAAAAUAGAGAAAAAAAAAGAUUAAUAAGAAAGAACAAAAGAAAAUAAUUAAGUGAUGAAGCCCUUAAAUAAAUUAAAUUAUAAGAUGUAUUCUUAUAAUUAACAUCAAAUGUUACUGUUAAACAUAAAAGACUUAUUUGUGAAGUCAUUAGUAAAAAGUUGAUGAUAGAAGAAAUUAAAGGUUAAAUUCAAGUAAUAAGAGAAGGAUUCUUUGAUAUCUUACCUAAAGAAUAUUUUUCUUAUAUGGAUUGGAGAGAUUUACAAAAAUUAAUUAUAGGAGUACCCUCAGUAGAUGGUAACAAUUAAUAAAUUAUAUUUAUUUAGUUGAUGAUCUUCAAGCAAAUACAGAAUAUGUGAAUUAUGAUAAAAACAAUUAAACUGUCUUAUGGUUUUGGGAAGUAUUGAAGACUUUAAGUGAUUCAGAAAAAUCUGAUUUUUUAAUGUUCUCAACAGGAAGUCCAUUAGUUCCAUUUGGAGGAUUUAAAAAUUUAAGAGGACCAAAUGGACCAAAAAAAUUUUCAAUAUCUAAGGAUUUCAAUUCUGAACAUUUUAUUAAAGCUCAUGCAUGGUAAAUACAUAUUUUAUUUAUAUUAGUUUUAAUAGAAUUGAUUUGCCUGAAUAUAAAUCAAAAGAAAUGGUUAGAGAAAAGCUAUUGAAAUCAUUAAAAGAAUCUGGAUCAGGAUUUGAUUUGAGUUGA